AUGGAAUCAACUAACUUUGUCACUAUUCAAGCCAAAAUCGAUGAAUACAAAGAUAAUUUAGCAAGGGUUGAGGAAGCUUUGAAAAGAAAUGCUGAUAAGGUAAGAGAUGAAGAAGCAAGGACUCAGCGAGAAAGAGAUCUCACGAAACUAAAAAAUGAUCUGGAAAAAGCUAUUGAGUAUAACCAAGAUCUGCUUAAAAUUGCUGAAAAUAGGGUCCAAGAAUUUUUUUCAAGUGUAAGACUUACAGUUGCAAAUGAAAAUCACAAAUGCAAUGCAUAUUAUGAGCAAGAUAAAAAUUGGCAUCCAGCCCAUAUUAACAAAGUCAAUGAAGAAGAGCAAACAGCUGAAAUCAUUUUUCUAGGGUUUGCUGAUAAGUAUAAACUUCCAGCUUCCUAUAUUCAAAUGCUUGUACCUCCAAAGCAGCCAGACUUACACGAAGGCCAAGAAGUAGAAGUCCUUUUGCAAGAUGGAAAAUGAUACCCUGCAAACAUCCAGAUUUUCAAUGAACAAGCUGUAACAGUAAAGCUCAGCCGAUGGGGACAUAUGCAUGAGCUUUCUUAUGACUGUGUAAGAUUUUGCACAAAUCCUCAAAAAAGACCAUUGCCUGAAAGGGAAAUUUUUGAGAUUCCGAAUAGCUUAAAAAUUCUUCCAAAUGACAAUGAACACGUAAGACUUAAAAAAAAGAAAAAAAUAAAAGCUUUGAAAAAGGCAUGGAGGCAGAAUCAAAUUGAAAAAGAAACAAGAGAUUACACAAGCUCUUGGAAAAACUUUCAGCAAAAGGCACAGAAAAAAAGCAAUGAGAGUAUGUUUAGAACACCUGAAGGAAUUGAUUCGAAAGUAGGAAUAUCUACAAGUGGAAAAGCAAUGACAAAGAAUCCUGAAAGAAUAAAAUAUAAAGACUACUUUGAGCAGUUUACAAAGAAAGAUGAAGAAAUUUAA